CGCAUCACGUGGAGGAGGAGGCGGUGGCACGCAGAUCACGUGGUGUGGGAGGCGGGCGGUUGCCGACUGCUCGCGCCAUGGAUGUAACGGGGUCGGCGGCGGUGCGCGCGCAGCUGCUGCUGGGUCAGGCCUGCGCCUUGAGGGCCGAGCUGAAGAACCUGAGGCAGGAUGUCAACAAAGCUGUUCGUGUACAUAAGAAAUCUAUUGAGGAUCUACGAACCCUCCUGCAUAGUUUGAAAAGGGAGCAUAUCCAAGAUGAUGUGCCCAUCCAGAAUGAUGAUCCCAACAGAAAUCAAGUAUCUCUAUCUUUGGAGAAAGGAAGCAUUCAAACUACACCCAUUGGAUACAUUGAGUCCUGCUUCUCUGCCAAAAAUGGCACACCUCGGCAACCAACAGUUUGUAGUUUGUCUCGUGCACGACUUAAAAUUAGCAAGACUAUUUUUACCAAUGCGGACCAUUCACUCAUGGGCUUGGAACAAUUUUCACAUGUCUGGAUUAUCUUUAUUUUUCACAAGAAUGGACAUCAAGGCUAUAAAGCUAAAGUCAAACCACCUCGACUGAAUGGAUUAAAAACUGGAGUUUUUUCUACAAGAAGUCCUCACCGCCCCAAUGCAAUAGGUUUAACACUGGGGAAGCUUGAUAGGAUUGAAGGUGACACUCUUUAUCUUUCUGGAAUUGACAUGAUACAAGGAACGCCAGUACUGGACAUUAAACCAUAUAUUCCAGAUUAUGACACACCUGGGGUUGACCCAAUGGAUAAUAUAAAUGACAGUCAAGAAAUUUGUGUGACAGAUGAGCAAUGCCAAGGAAUAACCAAUCCAAUCUCUGGGGUGGUAACUGAGGAAAGUGAGGAUAAGGAAUCAGCCCAUGUCAAGGUGGCUUCAAAGAUAGCAUGCGAUUAUGUUACUGAUGGAGUAGAACAUUCUCCCAAAGAUGCCACAAACCCAUUCAGAAAGACUAAAGGUGAGAUAGUGGAUGAAGAAGGCAAUGUUGGAAAGAUGUCAUCGCACACCAUCAACAAAACCCCCAAAAAAGAGAAUUAUUGUAAAUAUCAGUUAAGAAGUGAGAAAGUUGAUCAGCUUUCUGGAAAAGGGAGUGCUUCUUAUGAAAGCAUACAUUUAACUGUGGAGAAAAUCAAAAGCCAGCUGAUUCACAGUGAUAUUGUAAACCACAUAACUGAAGAAGACCAAGUAAUUUGUUUCAAACCUGAGAAAUCUCUGACAGUCAGUAAGAGGAAAAAAACAAAGAAUGUUAUUGCUAUUAACACACCUUGGAAUAAAUUGUCCAAUGGCAAUAUUGCAACAUGGAUAAAACAGUCACCUGUGACGUCCUUAGAGGUUCGAUUCACUCCUCAUGCGGAAAUGGAUUUGCAACAGUUUCAGGCUCCAGGCGGGUCAGAUCCAGACAAAAUAACAUUGAAGUAUUUCCACUCCAUAGAGGAAAUAAAAUCUGCCAUGGUGGCUGUGUUAUCAGCUGAUCCAAGAUCCAUAUAUCGAAGGAUGCAGUGCCAGGACAUGCUUUUUUACUUCACUCUGGACACUGCCCACAUCACCACUUGGUUUGGAGAUGACUUUACUGAAAUCCUGAGGAUAAAACCUGUGAAAGAGGAGUCUGACAUUGGAACUAUCAAUGUUUAAAUUCUUCUAGCUUGAGAACAUUGCACUUUCAGUAAAAUAACAAACCUUUGUUAACGAUCUUCUGUGAUCAGCCACAAUACUGCUCCAGCAAACACUUGGAUUUUACAAAGUGCAUUUCCAUUAUUAUUCCAUUGAAUGGCCCUCAUUUUACUUGUGAAGUUACCAUCUAAAGUGAUGGUGCUUAAGAGAUGUUGCAAAUUUACUUGUGAAUAUGGGAAUGUGUAAUUGACUUCAAACUGGAAACACUUCUGUAACCUGUCCUCUAAUCCUUCAUCUGAAGACAAUACUUAAUUUUGAUGAUUCAUUUGAACUAUUGUGAUUUUAAUCUUUAUCAUCCUUUGAUCUGGACUACUUUUCAGACAAAUUUGAUGGUCUCUGUCAGUAACUUUAAUUUCAAGCCAUUUUAAUUUCAGUAAUGUGGUUAUUUCUUCUGAAGUAUUGUGAAUUAGAUGAAAUUAAUUUGGUGGGAUGAUUCCUACCAGUUCUCUCAAAACUGUGAUUUUUUUUUGCUUAGCAAUUAGAAUUUCUAAUGCCAAAUAGGAAUGGAGCAAAAUUGUAUACACUAAAUCCUCAUUAUUUGUGAGGGAUGAGGACACGACUUCCCACAGAUUACAAACAUGCACAUGCCACUAAGGCCACUGAAAAUGACACUGAGGCUGUAAUGACAUACAGUGGUCAACCUGUCCAUGGAUAUAACUUCUAUGUAAGUUUCAGCAGGUAUAUUUCAGUUUUAACUUGUACAUAAACCUAUCUACAUUCCUGACUCCUGGUGUUCCAGAUCCCGGCUCUGGCCACAAACAGUGGACCCCAGCUCUUGCUACACACCUGGUCCACAGUCGGGAACCUGGUUUCUGAACCCUGGUGUUCUCGAACCUGACCCUAGUUCCAGCCACACACUUUGCUCAUUCUCUAGAUUCUGGCUCCAGCUGCGAACCUAUCCACGUUAAUGACCCUGGUGCUCCCAAACCUCACCUUGCAAGUAUGCAGAUCCGCAGAUGUUAAGUCAGUGAUAACAAGAGUGUGUUUCACUUAAUAAUCAAAUUAAUGCAUAAGUUGUUUUUUGCUUAUUUCAUUUUGAUGAUCUUGUUCUAACUAAAGAUCUUGGUUCUCUUAUCUGGAUGUGGAUGAUAUUUUUGCCUUAGACAUCACUCAGUUGAAUUUUGUUUUGCAGACUGAGCAUACACAGUGUAUAAUGUCUCAGAUGUAUGUAUACUGUUCGUUCUCCUAUUGGAAAAAUCACUUUUUAAAAAUUAUUAAAAGAAAAGCUUG